GAUGAACAGAAAACCUGUUCCACCAACUAGAGUCGGAGUCCCCUCCUUAUUGUUCUUUCCUCUCACGCCUGCAGCGCAAACCACGCAGCAAACCAUAACCACUGCUGCCUUUACAGCCGAGUUGAAUUUUAUGGUCCAAAUUAUCUUGGGCUCAACUGAAGGGGGAUUUUGUUGCUUUCUUUGACUUGGUGGCAAACUUCAAUACAUGCCUUGGAUUUCUUUUUUAGCAACAUGCAGACGCAGCUCAUUGGUGUGUGUUUGGCAAUCGUUGGCUUUCUUGGCACCAUCCUUAUCUGUGGACUGCCCAUGUGGAAGGUGACAGCCUUUGUUGGAGCAAACAUCAUCACCGCUCAGGUCUUCUGGGAAGGUUUAUGGAUGAAUUGUGUAAUCCAGAGCACUGGUCAAUCGCAGUGUAAGGCCUACGACUCCAUUUUGGCUCUACCACAGGAUUUGCAGGCUUCCAGGGCUCUGAUCUGUGUCUCCAUUGCUGUCAGCGUGGUGGCCAUUGGGCUCACUGUGGUCGGGGCCCGCUGCACCAACUUCUUUAAUGGCGACUGGCUCACCAAAGCUAAUAUUGGCCUUGCCGGAGGUCUGGUGUUUAUAUUAGCAGGGCUUCUUUGUGUCAUUCCUGUCAGCUGGUCCGCUUACAGCAUCAUUACUGGUUUCUACAACCCCCUGCCCACCUCUGGGAGGAGGGGAGAGCUCGGGGCUUCUAUAUAUGUGGGCUGGGCUUCUGGAGCUCUGCUCAUCAUCGGUGGAGGGGUGUUGUGUAGCACCUACAGAUGCUGAGGAUGAGGAGAAGAGAGAGAAAGAGAGUACACAACGCUAUAAGUCAAAUAGAAGCUGAUGUUGAAAAUGUGCAGUUAGGACUCUACUGUAAAGGACUCCGCUUCAGCUACUGUUUUUAACAUUUGUUUCAACUUUAGUUAAAUGCUCUAUAGUGACAUUUUACAAUUAAUGUUUCUAAAAUAUGAAAGUGUGUAGCAUAUUGAAGUGUUGCACGACCAGAGCUUGCAAUGUUUAUAGGAAAAUAUGGAUGGAUGGAAAAAUGUAGUCUGGUUGAGCCGAUAGUUGCAUAAGGUGACAUAAAAAAAAUGUUUAAUGCAGAGAUUUGAGUUCAUUGGAUGUGUUUUAGUAUAUGCAGAACACAUUAUAAAUGCUGCAAGAAUAGUUAGACCUUUAAAUACUUUUUUACUGUGUGGUGAGGAAAUGUGUCUUUGUUUGCAACAAGACAGCAUCAUUUAUUUUGGGAAUAUUAGAGACAUCUGACAUCUGUAUCUUAACAAAAAAAAAAUAAAUCCACCCUGUAUAUUUGUAUUUUUGUAGAGAAGUUCUGCAAUUUGUUUUGCGCAUUGCAAGUUACAAAAAUUACUUGCAUUAAAAUAAGAUUUUCUCCAACGAUGUAUAAUAUAAUGCCCAAAGAAGAAAAAAAUAUGUUAUUUUGAGAUUCUCUGUGCUCCAACAACAACAGUAAUUUCAGUGUGCAUAAAAGCCUGAAAAAACUUGAUUUGGUCAGGUGUGUUUGACUACUCUCUAAUAUUUACAGAUUGCCCAAGUUGCCUCUCUCUGGACCACGUUUGCAUAUCUCUCGUAAUCUUUGUGUCAUCUGAUUAACGUAACAGCAAAACAACAGUUGACGAGAGCAGCAUACUCUACUACAGCAGAAACAAGAUGAGAAA